UGUCUGCAGUCCUUGUGUUAUAUACGUGUGUAUAUAUAUAUGCGAAUUACAGAGGCUUUUUAGUCGCACUCCUACAGUGUGUAUAAACGUGUUGCGAAUUGCGGGCGGUGGCGACUGCACUUAUUUUUUGCGAUUGCUACAAGUACCUCCGGUGUACUUUUCGCAUGCUUGGCAAUUUCACUAUAAUCGCUGAGAUUGUUCCUUUCCAAAAGAUAAGCCCUAAGUUUUGCGCGAGCAUCUAAUCAUGUCACAUUUACCCCCGUGUGUUAUCGAUGUCGGCACCGGAUACACAAAACUGGGCUUUGCUGGCAAUAAAGAGCCUCAGUUGAUGAUACCAUCAGCUAUUGCUAUUAAGGAAACUGCUAAAGUAGGUGACAAUUCAGCUCGACGAGUCACUAAAGGUAUUGAAGACUUAGAUUUUUACAUUGGAGAUGAAGCUUUUGAAGCAACUGGAUAUGCAGUCAAAUACCCAGUCAGACAUGGUCUUGUUGAAGAUUGGGAUUUGAUGGAGAGAUUUUUGCAGCAAUGUAUCUUUAAAUAUCUCAGAGCUGAGCCUGAGGACCAUUAUUUUUUACUGACAGAACCUCCGCUAAAUACUCCUGAAAAUCGUGAAUAUACAGCUGAAAUAAUGUUUGAAUCUUUUAAUGUAUCUGGUUUAUACAUUGCUGUUCAAGCUGUGCUAGCUCUUGCAGCUUCUUGGACUGCUAAAACAGUAGAAGAUAGAAGUUUAACUGGUAUUGUUAUUGAUAGUGGAGAUGGGGUUACUCACGUUAUUCCUGUUGCUGAAGGUUUUGUUAUUGGUAGUUGUAUUAAGCACAUUCCAAUUGCUGGAAGAGAUAUUACAUACUUUAUUCAAAGUCUUUUGAGAGAUAGAGAAAUUGGAAUUCCACCAGAACAAUCAUUAGAAACUGCAAAAGCAAUUAAGGAAAAAUAUUGUUACAUUUGUCCUGAUAUUGCUAAAGAGUUUGCUAAAUUUGACAGUGAUCCUAGUAAAUUUGCAAAAUAUGAUGGCAUAAAUAAUAUAACUAAACAACCAUUUAGUGUUGAUGUUGGAUAUGAAAGAUUCCUUGGACCAGAAAUUUUUUUUCAUCCUGAGUUUUCUAAUCCAGAUUUUACUACUCCACUGAGUGAAAUUGUCGAUGAUGUUAUACAAAAUUGUCCAAUAGAUGUGAGGAGGCCACUUUAUAACAAUAUUGUACUAUCAGGUGGUUCUACCAUGUUUAAAGACUUUGGAAGACGAUUACAGAGAGAUAUUAAAAAAACUGUUGAUGCAAGAUUGAAACUUAGUAUGGACUUGAGUGGAGGACAUAUUACGCCUAAACCAAUUGAUGUUCGUGUAAUAUCGCAUCAUAAACAACGCUGUGCUGUCUGGUAUGGAGGAGCAUUAUUAGCUAGUGAUCCAGAAUUUUAUACUGUUUGUCACACAAAAGCUGAUUAUUUAGAACAUGGUCCUGGCAUCUGUCGUUACAAUCCAGUAUUCCGUAGCAUGAUAUAAAUCAUUAGAAGGGUACUCAAGAGUAUAGCUUGUUUGGAUGUGUCAAAAAUUUUAACCACUUGAAAUGACUGAGCAUUUAUAGGUAUAUGAUUUUCAUAGCUUUUUUUAAUAAAUUAUAAAUUUAAAAAAAUAAGUUAGGUGAAUCAAAUGCCUACUAUGGAAAAAAAAAUUAAUGUAUAAAAUGAUUAAUACUAUCUGUACUAAUCAACUUUGAUAAGUAUUUAAAUUUAAGUUUUGUAAAACAUAAAUCAAAGAAAGUGUUUGUGAA